AUGAUCGGAGAGAUUACCGACGAACACACCAAGAAAGAUGUUCAAGAUGCAAUGGAUCUUGGCCUUGACGCAUUCGCGCUCAACAUCAACUCCCUGGACUCCUGGGCGACCGAAACCGUAGAGCGCCUCUUUAAGAACGCCGACGACCUCGGCUUCAAGCUCUUCUUCUCCUUCGACUUCGGCGUGAAUAACUUCGGCGACCCCAGCCAAGUCGUCGACUACCUUAAGCCCUUCCUUUCAAGGCCCUCAUACUACGCCCUCAACGGCAAACAACUCGUCACCACCUUCGGCGGCGAGCAAUUCGACGAUGGCAAAAUCUCACAAUUCAAGUCCAACGUCGGCGGCAACAUCCUCUUCAUCCCAGGCCUCUACAACCAAGCACCAGACGCCAACCUCUUCGGCUCCUUCCCCAGCUACGACGGCGUCUUCGGCUGGAACUCCUGGCCCGCGCAAUCCGCAGGCCUCGUCGAAACCAACGCGUCCACCACCGACGACGCCGUCUGGGCUCAAGCUGUCUCCAACGCUCAGGGCAAGCUGCGCAUCGCAGGCCUCUCCCCCCUAAACUUCAAGCACUACGACGGCCAAAACUGGUACCGCCGCGGCGAGCAGAACCUCGAAGUCCGCAUGGCGGAGCUCCUGAGCGGCGAAAACCAGCCCGACAUGAUCGAGAUCCAGACGUGGAACGACGCUCCUGAAAGCCAUUACAUUGGAAAUAUCUGGGACGAGCCUAACGCGGGGAACACCGAGGCGCAGGGGUGGUACAAGGGGUUUGACCACACGGGGUAUCAGCAGGUGAUUAAGGGGUUUGCGAAGGCGUGGCAUAAUUGCGAGACGGACCUUGCGAACGUGGUGCCUACGAACGGGAAGAACGUACAAGGCGCGUUUUGGCAUCAUACCCUCACCGUUGGUGGAGACUGCAGCGCGGACCCCAAGGGCAAGCCUGAGCCGCUGCCUGCCGAGGACUCUGUCAGCGGUGUCGUGCUCGUUGCGAAGGGCAGCACAGGCCUUGUAGCUGUUGUCAACAACGGCGAGAAGGAGCUUGGCAAGGUGACGCUGAAGGAGGGGUACAACAAGUUCAAGUUCGACAACCUAGGCGCAGGAAAGGUCCAGCUUGAAGUUUGGGAUGGCAGCGAGAUGGUUGCCGGCGGCUACAGCAACCAGACUGUGCAGACGAGCUCGGAUAUUUGCAACUACAACUUCCAGGUUGUGGGUUUCCCGGGGUAA